AGAAGAUGUUUAUCUACACAGAGUUGCUAACAAAGCUACUCCUGGCCACUGUAAUGUCAGGAUCAUCAGCUUCUUUGCUUCAGGAGUCACCAUCUUCCCGUUGCAGCCUCUUUGGGAACAAGCACCUCAAGACUUUUGAUGGUUCUUUCUACAGUUUUGCUGGGGACUGCAGUUACCUCCUUGCUGGGGACUGUCAGAAACGCUCCUUCACACUCUUAGGUGACUACCAGGAUGGGGAAAAAAGGGGUUUCACUGUGUACCUUGGAGAAUAUUUCAACCUUCACUUCUCUUUAGAUGGAACUGUGACUCAGGAAGGCAAAAGAAUUUCCAUACCUUUUGCAGCUGCUGGCAUAUUUGCAGAGAAGGAGGCGGGUUAUUAUAAAAUAUCCAGUGAUGAGCAUGGCUUUGUGGUGAAGAUUGAUGUCAGUGGGAAUAUUCAGAUAUUCCUUAGAGAAAAAUACUAUAACAAGACCUGUGGGCUUUGUGGAAACUUUAAUAAAUUUGCUGAAGAUGACUUCAGAACUCAGGAAGGGACCCUUGUGAGAAACAGUUAUGAUUUUGCAAAUUCCUGGGCUUUGCACAGUGAAAAUAAGCGAUGCAAGAGAGUGCAGACUCCAAGCAACACAUGCAACAUUUCAUCUGACAUUGCAGAGAAGGGCAUUAUGGAAACAUGCCAGCUACUAAGGACAUCUUUGAUUUUCUCCCGAUGCCACCAUCGAGUUGAUCCAGAGCCAUAUAUUGAUCUCUGUGAAAAAGACAUCUGUGCCUGUACCCAGCACAUGGACUGUCAUUGUUCAGUGUUCCUUGAUUAUGCAAGAAGCUGUGCUCAUGAAGGAGUGAUUUUGGAUGGGUGGCCUGAAGAGAGCUCUUGCAGGCCAAGAUGUCCAGCUGGCAUGGAAUAUAAAGAGUGUGUAUCUCCUUGUGCCAAAACCUGCCAGAGCCUGAAUAUCAAUGAAGUGUGUCAUGGACAGUGUGUUGAUGGCUGCAGCUGCCCUGAGGGCAAGCUCCUUGAUGGUGAACAUUGCAUUGAAAACUCCCACUGUUCCUGCAUCCAUUCUGGCAGACAUUAUCCUCCUGGCUUCACCAUCUCCCGGGACUGCAACUCAUGCAUUUGUCGACGUGGCAUCUGGAUCUGCAGCAAUGGGGAAUGCCCAGGAGAAUGUUCUGUCACCGGCCAAUCCCAUUUCAAAAGCUUUGACAACAAGUAUUUCACCUUCAGUGGGAUUUGUCAGUACCUAUUUGCCAAAGAUUGUGUGGAAAAUUCCUUUUCUGUUAUUAUUGAGACUGUCCAGUGUGCAGAUGAUCCUGAUGCCAUAUGCACUCACUCAGCUUCUGUCCGAAUCCGGGAUAUGGAGAACAGCCUCAUUAAAAUGAAACAUGGAGGAGGAAUUUCCCUGAAUGGACAAGACAUACAGACCCCUUUGCUGCAAGGUGCCCUUCGUAUCCAGCGUACUGUGAUGACUUCUGUUCGCCUCACCUAUGGGGAAGAUUUGCAGAUUGACUGGGAUGGUCAUGGUAAAUUCUCAGUGAAGCUGUCUUCAGUGUAUACCGAAAGCACGUGUGGACUAUGUGGAAAUUACAAUGGUAACCAAGGGGAUGAUUUUCUUACAUCUUCUGGCAUGGUUGAAACUCUUGUGGAAGAUUUUGGAAACUCCUGGAAGCUCAACGCAGGUUGCCAAGACUUAUUAAAACAAGAUAGCUCUCCCUGCAAUCUCAAUCCACAUUUAGCCAAGUAUGCUGAGGACUCUUGCUCUAUUCUAAUAUCUUCUGCAUUCGAACCCUGUCACCGUGAAGUCAGUCCCACUCCCUAUGUGAAGAACUGCCGCUUUGAUGUUUGCUCUUGCGCUAAUGGCAAGGAUUGUCUGUGCUCUGCUAUUGCAACUUAUGCAACAGCGUGUGCCCAAAAGGGUGUCCUGAUCCAGUGGAGAGAACCUGGCUUCUGCCCAAUGAUUUGUCCUGAAGGCCAGAUUUACAGGCAAUGUGGAACACCGUGCAACCAGACAUGCAGGUCUCUCUCCUACCCUGAUGAAGACUGUGAUGAUUUGUGCAUGGAGGGCUGCUACUGUCCUCCUGGGCACUAUCUUGAUGAGCAGGAAGAGUGUGUACCAAAGUCCCACUGCUCUUGUUACUAUGAUGGUGAGAUCUUCCAGCCUGAGGACAUCUUUUCAGAUCAUUACAUCAUGUGCUAUUGUGAAAAUGGCUUCAUGCACUGCAACACAAACAAAGCUCCGGGUGUCUUCUUGCCAGAUGUUUUCACUGAUGAGAGGCCAUCUGCAAGAAUAAAAAGGAGCUUGACAUGCAGAGCACCCAUGGAAAAAUUUAUCUGUCCUGCCAACAACCCAAGAGCUGAAGGGCUGGAGUGUGCCAAGACUUGCCAAAACUAUGACUUAGAGUGUGUCAGCCAUGGCUGCAUAUCUGGUUGCCUCUGUCCAAAAGGGAUGGUGCGAUAUGAGAACAAGUGUGUUUCUCCUGAGAGAUGCCCUUGUUUUCACAAUGGAAGAGAAUAUGCCAAGGGAGAGACAGUGACUAAUGACUGCAACACCUGUGUGUGCCAUGGUCGAAAGUGGGAAUGCACCAAAAAUAUAUGUGAUGCCACCUGCUCUGUUAUUGGUACAGCUCAUUAUUUGACAUUCGAUGGAUUGAAAUAUAAGUUUCCAGGAGACUGUCAAUAUGUAUUAGUUCAGGAUUUCUGCAAGGAUGAUUCUGGGACAUUCCGGAUUCUUAUUUCAAAUGAAGGAUGUGGCUUUACUGGAGAAAAAUGCACCAAAAGGGUUAUCAUUCUGUUUGAAAGUGGAGAGAUAGAGUUGUUUAAUGGAAACGUAAACAUCAAGGUACCUCUUAAAGAUGAUAAGAAUUUAGAAGUCAUGAAAUCUGGCCGUUAUUACAUCAUUUUGCUGGGUAAAAGCAUCAGCGUAACGUGGAAUCUAGCUAUGGGAAUCUCAGUUAUCUUGAAAGGAAAUUUCAAAGAUCAAGUGUGUGGUCUAUGUGGAAAUUUUGAUGGAAUCCAAAACAAUGAUUUGACCAGCAGCAAUGAACACCUUGAAGUAGAUCCAAUUGACUUUGGGAAUUCUUGGAAAGUUAAUCCAUACUGUGCUGAUGUCAAAAAGCCCCACCAGGAACAGACCUUGGUAUCCGCACUGUGCAAUGGCAAUGUGGUGAAGCAGGUGAUGGUAGAAACUUCAUGUAGCAUUUUGUCCGGAGAACUUUUUGAAGCAUGUAAAAAAAUCGUGAAUCCUGAACCAUACAUAGAUAUUUGCAUGUAUGACACCUGUGCUUGCGAAUCAAUUGGGGACUGUGCUUGUUUCUGUGACGCUAUAGCAGCCUAUGCCCACGUCUGUGCACAAAAGGGUGUCAUUGUUCAAUGGAGAUCACAAACCCUGUGCUCACAAAGCUGUGAGGACCUAAAUUAUCAAGAAAUAGAUUAUCAAUGUGAAUGGCGAUACAAUAGUUGUGGACCUGCUUGUCCUAUAACAUGUCAGCACCCACAGGCUUUGGAGUGCCCUCUGCAAUGUGUGGAAGGAUGCCAUGUACACUGCCCUGCAGGGGAGAUACUUGAUGAACUAUCCCUGACUUGUAUCAGUCCAGAAGACUGCCCUAUAUGUGUGGUUGGAGAUGUCAAGAUCCCACAUGGAAGGAAAAUAAUUUUGAACAGAGAUGAUCCACAGCACUGUCAAUCUUGCCUAUGUGAAGGGAAGAACUUAAGCUGUGUAGCCUGUGAAACAGCAGAAGAAAUCUUCAUACCGACAACAUCUACUCCAGAGGAGGACAUAGAACGGGCACCCAGUGAAUACUCAUGCAGCAAGAUGAUGGACUUGGCCUUUCUAAUCGAUGGCUCAAAUAAACUGUCAGAGGAGGACUUUGAACAGCUGAAGAUUUUCAUAAUUCGCAUGAUGAAGGAACUCCACAUCUCUCAGAAGAAAAUCCGAGUGUCAAUUCUGGUGUAUAGGACUGGCCCCACCAUUUAUCUUAGCCUUAAAGAUAUCAGAACACAGUCCCAGAUGAGAAAAAUUGUCCAAAACAUAAAGUACACAGGUGAUGAGGUGGCAUCUGCUGCUGAAGUCCUAAAAUAUAUUGUGUUCCAUGUGUUUGGAAAAGCUGAAAGGACCAAUGCUGCUAGAAUUGCUGUGCUAUUUAUAGCAAGCAAGUCUCCAGGAAAACUUCGUAGCAUCCUUACAGCUUUAAAGAAUAAAAAAAUCACAGUAAUACCUGUGGGCAUUGGACCUUAUGUUAAUGUGGAGCAAAUCAAGUUCAUUGAAAAGCAGUCACCAGAUAACAGGGCUUUCCUGUUGAACAAUGUGUUGGAGUUAAUGGAUAAUAGGGAUCUUCUGACUGAUUAUCUGUGUGAUCUUGGACCUGAAGAAAGUCUUCUCUUACAAGCAACAACCCCACCACCAGUGUCUAAUAUCACAUUUCCCCAGAGGGACCUCACAUUGCCACCACUCUUUUCAGAAAAAGCCACCCCCAAAAGGCUGGACAUUGCUUUUAUUUUUGAAGGAUCUGAAAAUGUAGGGGAGAAAAAUUUUAAUAUGACCAAGAAGUUCCUUGAGCGAGUAAUUUCAGGAAUAAAUGUAGGAUCAGAAGAUAUUCAUGUUACAGUCAUGCAGUAUUCAGACACUGUCACUCUGGAAUAUUCCUUUAAGGAAAUACAGUUAAAAGAAAAUAUUAUUGAGAAGGUGAGGAAUAUAGCCUACCAAGGAGGGAAGGCCACCAACACUGGGAAUGCCCUUAAUUAUAUUUCCAAGCACACAUUUAUACCAGCAAAUGGAGGCAGACAGGAUGUGCCGCACUUGGUAUAUAUGGUGUCAUCCAGCCCUUCCACUGAUGUUAUUAAACGACCUCCCAAAGCCAUAAAUGUCAUCCCCAUAGGCAUAACCCCCAAUGCAGAUAUCCAGGAGCUCAUAAGGAUCAGUCAGCCUAACAGUCCAAUAGUCUUGCAUAGUUAUAGCACACUUAUUGAAGAAGCACCUGAAUUAGUGCUGCAGUCAUGCUGCUCUCAUAAACUUUGGACAGGAAUUCCAGAGUUGUGCAACAAACCAAUGGAUGUUAUAUUUCUUCUGGAUGGAAGUUCCAGUGUUGGAUCAUCAGAGUUUGAGGAAAUUAAAAACUUUGUACAGGCAUUUAUUGAAACUGUUGAGAUCAGCAAUACUUCAAUUCAUCUGUCAGUUCUCCAGUAUGCCAGGGAAAAUACUCUAGAAAUUUCAUGGAAUAUGCCUCAAGAGACUGAAAAACUUGUAAAGAUGGUGCACUCAAUUCAGCAAAGAGAACAAGGCCCUGCUAAACUAGGAAAAGCCAUUGAUUUCGUAGUUCAGAAUGCCGUGUUGGAAUCCCAUGGAGGGCGACCCAAUGCAUCAAAGGUCGCAAUAAUCAUCAUAUCAGAGAAAUCAGAAGACACUGUGGAGACCGCAGCACUUUAUGCAAGAAUGAAUAGAGUGUCCUUGUUUCCUAUUGGAGUUGGAGACAAAUAUGAUGAACAACAGCUCAGUGCUUUGACUGGGCCAUCUGCUGCUAACAGAAUCAUUAAGCUUCAAAAUUUUGAGGACUUAACCAAUAUGGUCACACUGAAUGGUGAAUUUAUCAAUAAACUGUGCAUGGACCCUGUCAGAGAAUGCAUAGAUGAGGAUGGGAACAUAAAGAAACCUGGUGACAAAUGGACAUUAUCAGAUCAGUGCCAUACGGUGACGUGCUUUCCAGGUGAUUACACAGUUCUGGAGAGCCACCAGAUCAAUUGUGAGAGGAUGCCAAAACCUGUGUGUCACAGCAAUCUUCCUGCUGUUAAGAUCGAAGAAAUAUGUGGCUGCCGAUGGGUGUGCCCUUGUAUCUGCAUGGGAAGUUCAUCUCGACAUAUUGUCACUUUUGAUGGGCUGAAUUUUAAGCUGACUGGCAACUGUUCCUACACCUUGUUUCAAGAUGUACAACAUGAUGUUGAAGUUCUCCUACAUGAAGGACCAUGCAGGGCAACACCAAAGAUGAACUGCAUGGACGCUAUUGAAGUGAAACAUCGUGGUGUGUCUAUUCAGCUCUUUAGCGACAUGGUAGUCGCUGUUAAUGGUGAAAGAGUUCAUAUUCCCUAUUCUAGCAGUUUCUUUGAAGUCACUGUCUAUGGAGCAAUAAUGCAUGAAAUAAAGUUCUCUCAUCUUGGACAUAAUCUCACGUUUACUCCAAGAAACAAUGAGUUUAUUCUUAAAAUUAACCCAAAGAGUUUUUCUUCAGGAACGCAUGGACUCUGUGGGGUGUGUGACCAGAACCACGCCAAUGACUUCAUGUUAAGUGAUGGCUCUGUCACUCCUGAUAGCAGCAUAUUUAUUCGUGAAUGGACUGUGAAAGAACCAGGCAAGAUCUGCGAAAUCAGGAAAGAAGACAAAUGCUCUGAACAUGCUAUUCGCCACUGCAGCAUCCUGCUAUCUGCUCAGUUUGCAGAAUGCCACCAAAUAAUCUCCCCCAACAUGUUCUAUGAGGCAUGCCAAGAAAACAGCUGCUAUGAAGAUGAAGCCUGUGAAAUGAUAACUUCUUAUGCACACAUUUGCAGGGCAAAUGGGAUCUGCAUUGACUGGCGAACAGCUGAGUUCUGCUCAAUGAAAUGUCCCACAUAUUUAAUAUAUGAUCACUGCCACAAAGCCUGCAUGAAGCACUGUGAGAAUAGUACUGAGCUCAGUGUCUGCACGGAUUAUCCCACAGAAGGCUGUUUCUGUCCACAUGGACAGGUAAUUUUUAACAACAGCUGUGUUGCUGAAGAAGACUGCACACAAUGCAUCAGUGAAGAUGGCACACGCCACCAGCACAUGGAAAUAUGGAUUCCUGCCAAUGAACCCUGCAAGCUCUGCACGUGUCUUGACAACAGGAGAGUAAACUGCACUGUCCGACCUUGCUCUACUGUCAAAUUUGUUGAAUGUGGUCCCUGUGAAGUCCCUCGCCUGCGCAGAGAUCCUGGACAAUGUUGCCCAGAGUAUGAGUGUGUCUGUGACCUAGUCUCCUGUGAUUUGCCUCCUGCCCCUGACUGUGAGUUUGGUCAGCAGCUUGCCCUGACCAACCCAGGAGAAUGCAGACCAAAUUAUACAUGUGCCUGUAACAGAGAGGCAUGCAGUUUAAUUCAAAGUCCUUCCUGCCCACCACAUCGAAAAUUGACUGUUGAGAAGACUGAGUGCUGUGAUAAAUUUGAAUGCAUCUGCAGCUGUACGAACUCAACAGUGAGCUGUCCCACUGGUUAUUUAUCUAGGUCUCUCACCAAUGACUGUGGCUGCAUAUCUACCACCUGCAUUCCAGACCAGGUGUGUGUGCACAACAACAUUGUCUACCCCAUUGGGAAAACCUGGGAAGAUGGUUGUAGAGAAUGUGCUUGCACUGGUAUGAAAGAUGAUGUCACAGGACUUCAGAUGAUGGAAUGUCAUGAAAAAACAUGCAAUAUGUUAUGCUCUCGGGGAUAUAAGUAUGUCAUCCAAGAAGGGGAGUGUUGUGGAAGAUGUCAAAAGACAGCAUGUGAGGAGCAGUUGUUCUGGUCACGAGGUGAUGCAGAUGCUCGUUUACAUGAGGUUGGCACAAAAUGGCGAUCUCCAUUCAAUCAUUGCAUUAUCAAUGAAUGUGUCCAAGUGAACAAUGAGGUUUUUGUGCAGCAAAAGAAUAUUUCUUGCUCUCAGAUGGAUGUGCCCAACUGUACAGAGGGAACUGAAUUACAAUGCAACCAAAUAGAAGACUGCUGUCCUUCCUGCAGAUGCGUACCUGUGAAUGGUUGUCUUUUGAAUGGCACUGUUAUUGGGCCGUGGAGGCGCCUGAUGGUGGAUCAAUGCACAACAUGUCUCUGCACUCCACAGUCAAUGUCUUCUCAAAGAUAUCGUCUGACAUGUACAAAAUUCACCUGUGAACCAUGUCCAGUGAAUUACAGAAGGCAAGAAAUUCCUAGCUCUUGCUGUGGAAAAUGUAUGCCAACUUCAUGUGGGAUCAAGCUGAGAGAUGGAAGGCUAAAAUACCUCCGGCCAAAUGAAUCUCUUCAGGAUGGCUGUGACAAUCACUUCUGUAAAAUAAAUGAGAAAGGGGAAUUUAUCUGGGAAAGGAGAAUCACUGGCUGUCCUCCAUUUGAUUCCAGAAGAUGUUUGGCUGAUGGUGGCAAAAUUGCAAAAAUUAGCAAUACCUGUUGUGAUACAUGUGUGAAAGAAGAAUGUCGACCAGUAAGUAACAGAUUGCAGUACAGAAAUAUCAAUGGAUGCAUAACAGAAAAGGAAGUGCCUAUUUCUCACUGUGAGGGUAAGUGUGGAAGCAAUACCAGAUACUCCAUUCAAAUGGGCAAAUGGGAAGAUGUGUGCAGCUGCUGCACAGCCACUCAGACCACCAUGGUCAUGGUCCCACUACAGUGUGCCAAUGGCACAGUAGUGCAGCAUUACAUUCCUUCUGCCUCUCAGUGUGAGUGCCGUUCUCGGAAGUGCACAGACUAAUUAUUUCCAAGAAGCCAGUUCAUUUAAUCUUCGAGUUCCUUGACCUAGGAACUUUACAAUGCAAGCCUCCAUUUCUCUCUGUAGACUAUUUUAUCCAGUAGAUUUCUGAAUAACUAAUUGUAUCAACAUAGCAAGCAAUAAAACUUACUAGCACAAUGGAGCAUAAUUUUCAGAGUAUUCUUUGGACAGUAUAUAAAAGAGAUAUUU